AUGGUGGCGUUGAGAAAUACGCAAUAUCAAGUAGUUGCAAAGGGUGAAGUGUCGAUGAGUCGAAGUGUUGGUCGUCGGCAGGGACGCUUGCAGCUGAUUCAAGGUGAAAAGCAGGCAAUUCAGUCACAAAAUGAAGCGGUGCCCAAGGCGGGCACAGAGAUUCGGAAUGCGAGCGCUGUUCUCCCACCGCCGUGCAGACUUGCGACGAAGUACGUUGGCAAGGAUCGAGAUGCGGUGAUCGUGCGCUCAAGCUUAAGCUUCGCUGUCGAGCUUGAUUGA